UCACUUAUUUAUGGAGUCACUAGAGUAAACUUACUGAGGUGUAUGUGUUGGUUGGCUUGGAUACACUUCAAUGCAAACCUAUUUAGGGAAAGGGUUUGGUCAAUAGAGUUGAAAAGUUUCGUCUAUUUGGUGCUGUGAAUUUGCAUACGAAGUGGGUUUGUUGCCACGCAGUUCAGGCUAACGUUUCAGCUUUUAGUACAUCUUAACUGUCAAGAAGUGAAACGCUUAUGGGACAGAUUAUCUGCUGUUUUCAAGGAAAAGUUGAAAAUGUGAACGAGCAGAGACCAGUGUUCCAACAUCCAGCAGCAGUCAUUCUGGCGUCAAGUGAUCUUGAGGAGAACCUAUUGCCCCAACCUCAGUCCCAACCUCAGCCCCAACCUCAAGUUCAACCUCAAGAACAUCAGCCAAGUGAGAAUGCUGCGCCGCAACGAACUAUAAAUUUCACAGAGGUCAAGAUAGUCAACGGCACAUUCCCAACCAAACCACUAGAACGACCUGUUGCAAUAGAAACAGAAAGACCCAGCGAUGCAGAGAAAUCAGAUAACGGAGUGACGCGAAAACCGAUUGUACCACCAGUUGAUGAUACUGAAAAUACCAACUCAACAAAUAACUUUAGUCUAAUGAGAGAACAGGAACAAGGAUCAUAUUCACCAGAUAUACAACCGGACAGUUUUUCAUAUAUCGACGCAGAUGACAGCACCGAACCAUAUAACUCAACGCACGAUAUGUUUCCAAAAGAACACGGAUCUCCGAUGAAGGCCUCGUCGUUACAAUCUUGUAGCACAGCAAAGGGCGAAUCGAUGGAGUUGCAGCAAACGGAGGAUUUUCGACCCGACUCAAACUUUACUGAAAUGGCUUCACCAAGUCCAGCAGAACAACGUCGUCGUCCAGAUACAAUGAAUCUAGGACACCUUCGUUGCCCAGAAAAUAUUUCUAUGCAAACUUUAAAUCACGAAUCAACGGACGUUUGAUCAGAGAAAAUAAAAUCGCCAGCAUAAACAUUCUUUUAAUGUAUUUUUCACCGUUUUCUUCUGUUUUGAUAAAAUCAAGCUAAGAGCAGUUA